AACAAUAUGCUAUAACCGACAUACCGUAUACUCAUAUUACUCUCAUAUUAUACGCAGGAUCCGGUCAACGUUAAAUAUGAUCAGUGUUGGUCUGUUCUUUUUUUCGUGAUUUUGACUACAUUAAUAUUCAUACAGAAUAAUUCUGAUAAUUAUCUGAUAACGUUUUAUUUGACAAAAACAACAAUUAUUUUACAUUGUUUUGGGUACACACACGUCGAUUGCACCAGUAUCAUGGACCUGCAUACGGCGUGUACACUGAAUCACCCGAAGGUGAUUGAUAUGCUGACGCUAAGCAACAAUUUAAAUAUGGCCAAUAACAAAGGAUGGACUUGCCUGAUGUAUGCUUGCUAUUAUGGAAACAAAAAUCUUGUUGAUCGCAUAGUAGAUUUAGAUCCAACAACUUUGUUCUCGGCCAACAACGAUAAACAAACACCUUUAAUGAUCGCCACCAUGUCCGGUAACGUAUCGAUAGUGAAGAAAACAUUUCACGUUGACAUUUUGGAGAUGCCUGAUAAACUAGGCAGAUCUGCAAUGUUUUAUGCGGUAUUAUACAAUCAAGAAGAAAUAUUGGAGUAUUUUAUUGAAAAACAAGCCAAUUGUAACGUAAUUGAUAACUUCGGUAAGACUAUGACUAUGACAGCUAUCUCGAAAGGAUUCCGGAGAGUAAUGAAACUGUUGUACGAGUAUGGAAAUAGACCCGAAAAGAACGUGUUGAAUACUACAUGGUCAGAAAAAUUGGAAAAUGCCAGAAACAAUCCUCAAAGCGACGAACGUUUAGAUUAUCACGUGGAAAAACUAUUAAAACAGUUGUCACUGGAAAAAUAUUGGCCGGUGUUCGACGAACGAAACAUCCGGUAUAAUGAUUUCUUGAAGUUAUCUGAGCAAGACUUGAAAGAUAUCGGUAUACAUUUAUUUGGUCCAAGGAGAAAAUUAAUAAUGACUAUUGACAAAUUAAAUGAAUUAAGAACAUCACAAGAACACUCGAGGGGUUGAAAAUCUUAUAGACUUUUUAUUUUAUAUUAACCUUUAUUGUAUUGAUGUACUUUUAUACUUUUUACUUAUAUAUAUAUUUAUGAUUUUUAUUUUUAUUUGAAUUUUAUUAAUUAACAUAACUUUACUAUAACUACACUACUUAUAUUUACCUUUUUAUUUUUAAAUAUUAUAAUUUAUAACUUUAACAUUUAUUUUUACAAGAUAAUACAUUUGGAAUUUUGAGUUAUGAGAG